AUCCUAACAUCAUGGCUUCUGCCUAUAUAUACCGCACUCGCCCCACUCGUUCCUUGCCUACCUUUUCCCCUCUUCAAUUAUCAUGCGUUCCUUGGAAGAGUCAUCGCCCAUCUGCUGCUAACUCACGAACAAAGCAGGCCCCUUCCCGUACGUUGUCACGCAUCGAUAGUUGGACCAGACGAUGCACAUGAAGGAGGAGGCUCUCUCGCUUUGAAGCGAAGCUUCGUGGGGGAGUUCUCGAGGGGUGGCUUGAUUUGUUGGGUGCAAGAUUAGUGCUGGACGGGCGGGAUCAGUUGGUGGUUGCUUUUUCGUUUUUCUUGGGUUCUGGUUCUUGGAGGGGUUGUUACAUGGCGAUUCAAGCGCGGCUGUGCCAGGAAAAUCUGGGCUUUCCGUUGUUCGGAUCGCAGGAUGUCGUCGAGAGCCAGAAUGGGUGCGGCGGGUUCGGCCAGUUUGGUCUCGGCAUUCAACAGAGAGCGCAGCUGCAUCGGCGGCAAGAGCAGGAGCAGCUCUACGUGCAGCAGCUGCCGUAUCAUCACGGUCCUUGCUUCGAGGGCGUGCCCACGUCGGAGGGCGGGGUGGAGAAGAGCUUGAUCGAGAGAAGAGUGGCGCAACCGCAAGGCGUUGCGAUGCUUAUUGAUCGGCAGAGUCAAGAAAUCCAGCAGUUUCUCCGAUCGCAGAACGAGAGGCUGGGAUUGGUGUUGCAAGAACAGCGGAGGCUCCAGAUGCAGGCGCUCCUCAAGAGGCUCGAAUCGAGAGCGCAGGCCCUGCUGUUUCAGAAGGAUCACGAAAUGGCGCGAGCGUCGCAGAAGACGGCGGAGCUGGAAGAGCUGCUGAGGAAGCUCGAGUACGAGUCGCAGGCGUGGCAGAAGAUAGCGCAAGAAAACGAGGCCGUGGUCGCGUCCCUCAAGAUGGCCCUGGAGCAACAGCUCAGGGAAAGGGCCUCCUGCGGUUCCAACGACGGCGACGGAGCAGAGGACGCAGAGUCCUAUUGCUGCGGCGCGGACAGGGACGGGACCGGAACAGAGGAGGUGCAGGGACAAGGGUACGGGGCAGUGACAACUGGUGGGGUCAAAGGAGGAUGGAGAAGAGAGAGAAUGACGACAAUGACGACGACGACGACGGCGACGGCUUGUAGGGCGUGCAAUUCUCGGGCGCCGUGCGUGUUGUUCCUGCCUUGCAGGCACCUUUGCUCAUGCAACGCCUGCGCGCCCUUCCUCGAUCGCUGCCCGCUCUGCGCAACGGCUAAGGAGGGCACUGUGGAGGCUCUGCUCUGAUUUUCUCGCCCCUUCUCUCGGAAAGGUAACAGCGGAAGUGACGACGCCGACGGGUGAGAGGCGAGGGCUAACUAGGGGAGCCCCCCAAAUUUCAGUGGCAGCAGUAGUGCAGUGCGUGGAUUUUUCCUUUUUCUUGUUUUGUUCUUUUUUUCUCGUGACGAGGGAGGAGGCUAUUUUUGAUGUCACUGCUUUCUAGGAGUGAAAAAAUGUGUAGUUAAAAAAGAAAGGGGACAAAAUCAAUGAACAGAAUUCUAGGACAGAGAGCAUCUUUUCCUUUUCCAGGA